AGUUAGGAGUCAAGUACUUUUCAGUAGGUCUACUACACGCGCAAUGACGGGCGCUUCAGGGAUCUGCCCCCGUACUCCGGUACUUUCAAAUCCUACCUCCCUCCUCCUUCAAAGGCCUAAAAAUCUCCCUCCUCCCCCUAAGCCUCACUCCAAGCAGCUCAUGCCUCACCCCCUUCCUCUCCGCUUCCCUCACAGCCUCCACCCCCGGGGAAGGGACAUGCCGUCCAUGACUCGUCCGUCCCUCAAAGGACACUCCCGUGAGUGCAGUGAACACCUGCGCACUGGAACCCUUCGCUCUCCCCAUCCGGUAGUACAUGUCCGCUUCCGCACCUGGCAUGAGGGAAGCGAGUGCGCUGCUCUCUUCCGCCCCUACUUCCUGGAGGGACUUCGUCGUCGCCCUACCUGGGAUACUCAACUCCGGGAGAGAAGCACGCGCUUUGGAGGAGAGGAAGAGGGAGGCGUUCGUCGUGUACUUCAUCGGGUUCACCGUGUGCUCAGGUAGGAGAGCAGCGUCGAUCGCUGCGCUGAGGUUGUAGGGUCUUGUAUAGAAGGCAGAACGGUGGUAGAGGGAAGUGAGGAGGCGGAGUUUGGGGAGAGGGAGGGUUGGGCGGGGGAGUUGGG